AUGGAGGGCCAAGGUGCGGCCCCCUUUGAUGCCCCACCGCCGCCCUCUGGCCUGGGUAACUUUAAGGGAGUUAUGUUAUGUAAUCGUCCCAGUGAUGACGUGAAGUCUGGUGGUGAGGACCCCCAGCCCUUCAGGUCCAUGGUCGCCCCAAACCAGGAGGUGGGUCUGACGCCACUGAGGAACUUUGAGCCGACGGUGAAAAAGAGGGGCCCUAGCGCAGCUCUCCGCAGACAUGUGCGAUGGCUCCGGGAGCUGCAGGAGCAAAUGAGGGAGGACCGCAACCAGGUCGAGCAGGAAGAGCAGGAUGAGGAAGCCAAGAGAAUAAAGCUCAAAGCAGCGUUUGAUAAGCAUAGAGAAGCCGUGCGAGACAUGAUGAAAACUCGAGACGACAAGCGAAGAGAGGAGGAAGCUGCAGCCAAAGCCGAAAAGGCAGCCAAGGCGGCUGAGGCUAAAGCAGCAGCUUCCGCGCAGCCCGCAGUCUCAGAGAUUGCGCACGCUGCAGUGGCUGCUGUCGAAGCAGAAAAGGGCAAGGCACCUGUCAAGGCGCAGGCGCCGAAACCCCUUUGGGCCAUGACAGCUCAGGAGAAGGACAAGUUUGAGGAAGAGGAGGCGGACGACCUCAUCAACUUCGUAGAAGGUCUGGACUUUGACAAGUAUGUCGGAGAUCUAGAGUUUCGACAAGCCCUUGGUGCGCUCAAAGAUCGCACAGGGAAGCUGAAAAAGGAGCAGGAAGCGUUCAAGGAUGAGCUCCUUGCAAGCUUCAAUGCAACCUUGGAUGAUGAAGAGUAUGAGGAAAGCACGGCAGCAGGAAGCUCAAAGCUGGAGGACGGCGUUGACGGGCAAAGUCUUCUGGGCGAUCUGCGCAGUGAAUACAGCGUGGCCUCGAGCCGGCGGUCGAGGAAUAGGGAAGCACGCGAAAACGCCCAGAAGGAGUGGGACAGCUCAACCGCAGCUGGAGAGGACCGGCCUGCGGUGGACCCUGAACUCAGGGACAUGGCCGAGGCAGUGCUCGAGCAGAACCCCAAAUUUCGGGCGAUCCACUCAAAGGAUUCUGUCCAGAAGAUCAUUGAGAAGGUACGGGGCGAUCAGGUGGUUGACGUGCCUUUGGCUGAUCACAUGCGGCUGGAAGGCCCCUGCCCUGUUCCAGUGAUCACGGCCUCCUCAGACACACAGAACCGACUUCACAAGCCGGUUGACCCGUCAAUGCUCCCUUACCUGUACCGCUCACCAGCCAUUUGA